AUGCCAGAUGCCUCACAGGAACAGCCCAAUGCUUCGAGUCCGAUCAAAACUCGACUGCGCUCAGCGAAGCGCGUAGGUCGACCUCGCAUCGAGACCGGCGACCCGGCAACCCUCUCGGAAGACCGGCGCACCCAGGUUCGGCGCGCCCAGAAGACAUACCGCCUCAAAAAGGAGGCGGUCUUUCGGCAAACUCUCGCUCGCGUAUCGGACUUGGAGGAAAAGCUUCGCACGCUAUCAGAUCAGGUUGCUAGUACUUGCGAGGCUGCUACUGAGGCGCGUCUGCAGCUGUCUCAUCCGGAUAUCUAUGCCCGCCUAACGCAAAUUCGUGGGGUCUUGACCGAGCAAGAUGUCUCUCCCGGUUUAGCCUGCCAGACUGAUCCCACUCUCGUUGGGGCCACGCCAGAAUCUGAUGUUUCUUCCGCCGCGCCAUGCCAGAUGCUGGGCUACAAUUUUGACCAAAGCGAACGUAGCCGGGAGAUUCAGCAGGUGCCACCAGACCCUCCGUGGAGACGGCAGCAUUCAUUACCCCGACCCAUUUCGAUCAGAGGCCACACCUACUCGUUUCAGGAAGGGCGCUUCGCCCGUCGACUGCAGCGAUACUGCCUCGAGCACGCCUUCAAUUUGUUCAUCGAUCCCCGAUCGAAUCCCCAACACGUGUAUCGCGUGUUCCGUCUCGUGCCUUGCAUACAGGACAAAGCGAAGAUGCAACCGCGAUUUGAGCAAUUGCUACGAGGGGGAGCCGACUCCCCACUCGAGGUUCCCGCUCUUCCAUUCUAUGGUGUUGGUGGAGCAGGUACGCAUUACCCCGACAAGGAUGAAUUAGGCACCCCGAUACAUCCGAAAAAUAUGAGGAUGCCUCGUCGAGUGCUUGGGAUUCUACCAAGUAGCGGAUCUGGGGAUGAGUCGACACCAGUGGGCCAUCGCGCUCGAUUACUUGAGAUCUAUGGGCUCGGGGGCCAGUGGUUCGAUAGUCGGGACGUGGAAGGGUAUCUUAAGCAGCAUGGGGUGGAUCUGCAGCGGUCGAGCUUGUUUCCCACAGUUCGAAUCGCGAAGGAAUCUUCGAGACGGAUGCGCUCCGAUUAUGGGUCUUAUGCUUUAGACGUAGAGAAAUUUCUCUGGAGGCUUGCUCAUGGAUUCGUCAUCCUCGGGCGCGCUCCCGGAUUCAGAAUGGUCGAUGUCAACGCUGCUUUUCAUGCACUAUCACCAAAACAACGCAUCAUGGCAACCCUGCAAGAUCAAAUCGCGGUGAAACCGCUCGGCCCCGACCGAUUCAUCUCGCUCCUCUCGCCCACGCGCAUGGGCGACCUCGCCGACUGGGUCUACGGCGGUAACCUCCUCGCCAUCGCCAUCAGCGCAGCCUACGCCACUACCAACCCCGGUCACCACCUCUAUUCACUGACCGGACACUUCGUCCGGCCCGCGAGCCCCUCCCUCAAGCUCAUCUGCCAAGUCGAACGCAUCCGCGAUACGCGGAUCUUCCAAACCCGACAUCUCCGCGUAUUCCAGGAAGGCCCCACCGGCGACCAGCUAUGCCUCCUCGCGACCGCCGACUAUCACAUCGACGAGACGCAGGAAAUGGUGAAUUAUUCUGCUCGUCAGCACUGUGCACCCGUCGCCACUGCAGCAGCUGCCACAUCCAAGAUCCAAGAGUCGGGGCUAUAUAAAUACAUUAACCGGUUCAUGGAGGUGGAAACCCUUCCGGCUAAUGACCGGAAGGCUCAAGGAGAUAUCACUGGUAUUAUUUCGGCUGAACGCUUCCGCCUGCAGACCCCGCUGGGGAGCGAAUCCGCUCAGCUCGCCGCGCUGGCGUUCUAUAUGGACCGAGGCCUCGCGUACAUCCCCGCCAACCAUGCGGGCCGGAGUCUGCUGGAUGCGAGUGCCUGCGCGACGUUGGAAUUUGCGUUGCGAGUGAUGACACAUCGGGUGGAUGUAGGGAAGUGGCUGGUUAGUGAGCAGCAGACGUGUGCGGCAGGGGGUGCGCGGGCGGUUAGCGAGGGAAGGGUCUUUGAUGAUGGGGGCAGACUGGUUGCUGUGAUGACGCAGACUACGAUUUUGAGGCCAAAAUCGGGCGAGAGGGCGAAAGUUUGA